UGUUUCUCUUGUUUGGUUGCUGAGAAAAAGCUGCUAUUUUUAACCUUUUUUUUCCCUUGCGCAUUGGGCAGUUGAUUCUUUCAUUACUUCCAUUUAUGCGUUUUCAUGUUUGUUUUUGUUUUAUUUAUAUGGGUUUAUUUUGUUUUGAUGAUUGGACUCCAAAUCAUUUCAUGUAUACUUUGUUAUGGGUAUCAUUUCAGAUGGUUCAAGAUCAUUGCUUUAUUGUUUUUAUGACAAUCUCGGGCUUAAAUAAUAAAACGAAGAAAAUGAGUUUACUCCAAGUAGUUCGUUGUUAAGGUUUUGUUGGGUCGAGAGCAUUGACUAUUUCAUCCAACUGGGUAUUUAGACUUGAUUGCAGACAAAGUAAAUAUAUAUGGACUUCAUGGAUUGGGAUCUCUGGAGUUCGCCUUAUGAUCCAGUUGCAGAAGAAAGUAGAUUUUUUUCCCAACCUGAAAGGAUGCGUGACUUUUAUUUUGGUUAUGGAUUUGAUGCAAUUGAAGAAGAUGCUUUGAAUGAAAAAUACUGCAUACAAGCGUUGAGGAUUUUGAUAACAGAAGCAGAUACUGAGAUUGACAAACUUGAGCAAGACUUGAUAUCCUUGCAAAGUGAACUGGCUUGGAUAGAAGAUGAGGAAUGGUCUCAAAUUUGCUCUAAUGCUUUAAGAGAGAAGAUAAAUUGCCUUGACAUUUCAAUAAAGCAUUUGAUGAAUAAGGACAAGAAUGAUGUUGAGGUUCAUUUAUUGAUGCAUACACAACCAAUUGAAACACUGAAUGAAAUAUUGAAGGAUCUCCUUAGCAAUAACUUGUGCAAGAAACGUGAACAGCCUAAGGAAAUUAAUGAUGCUAUUAUCUUAAUCUCCUCUGAUGUUCCAAGAGAAGCUCUCAACGUUAUGCGUGAGAACAAAAAAGGGGGCAGUUCUUAUUCCAUACAAACUGUGAGGGAGGGAAUGAAGGAAUCAAGUUCGAUGACAGAAGAUGCUGCUGUACAUCCAUCUUUGAAGCUUCAAGAGAGGAAAACUAACAAUCCAGAAAAUGUUAAGCCUGCAAAUGCUAGUACCAAAGAUUCCAAUCCUUCUCUGAAAGUGGCAGCUGGUCACUCCGGUGAGGAGAUAUUAUCAAGCAACUAUGGUUUGAAAAAUGCAGGGAAGGGGGAAAGUAGAAAACAUGGCUUCAGUCCAAAGGACAAAAAAACAAUCCAAAAUUUAGGCUCAAAGUCUGCAGAUAAGGGGAGACGUAGCGCUGAGAAGAUUAUUGAAGUUCCGCCUACAAAAGUUGGUGUUAUAAAUGCCAUUUCAGAUGCUUCAAAACAUGCUGAUAGAAAUUUCAGUAAGAAAAAUUUGAGCAAUUCGGAUUCGAGCAUCGAAAAUGAGAUGGAAGAACAAAGUUCUAUAUCUUCAGCAGAUGUAAGCUUAGGUUCGUCAAUGAAGCUUGAGGUGAAGCAAGCAGAUCCUGGUAAAAAGGUCAAGCUUGCAAAUGCCAUCGUGAAAGGUUUAGGCCUAAGUGCUAGUAGGCAUGCAACUGGGGAAUUCAAUGAGAUGAAAAACUUGUGCCGUUCUUCUUUAGAAGUAUCUGGAAACAGGGAACACUAUUAUAGGGCUCCAGGCAAAAGCAAAACUUUGACUGCAUCUUUGAAUUGUGGAGGAAAAGGAAAUUAUGUAGCAAAACAUGAGCAUGCAGAUUUUGAUAAAAAUGUUAGUACAGAAGAAUUAAGAUGUACAAAUGAUGUUAAUGGGAGGAAAGGGUUUUCUGAUUCAGGAUUUGGUACCUCUUGUAACCCUGACAUUAAACAAAAAAUGUCAGACUUUUCUCAGAAAGCUGCACGCAAGUGGACCAUCAAAGAAUCAAAGGUUUCUGCAACUGAGAAGGCAAUUCCAUUAAAUUCAUCUCUGAAGGCAGAGGGAAAACCGAGAAGUCCUCGGAGAAUUGUGAAGGUUGUUGAAGCUGCUCUGACGGAGACAGAAAAUUGUGCCUUGACUUCUCUUUUAGAGCAACCAGAUAAAAAAGGAAAUAAUGCAAUCAAGGUACAAUCUAAAGAAGAAGGAAAAACUAUGCGUGAAGUCCACACAAGUAAAAUAGCUACUGAAGACAAAAAAUCAAGAUUGAAUUUGUCCCUGGAUUUGGAAAAAGAAAAGACAAAUAGGAGUACUAAGUCAAAUCCUCUAAUUCUCCAGGAAAUUGGCAUCUCUACCAUGGUAGUUGAUUCCAGCUCAACUUUUAUUUCCAAAGGCAAGAAACGUCAAAAAUCUUUGGUCAGCCCAGUAACUCCCAGAUUAUAUCAGGAUUGUAAAGCUGCAAGGAAAGCAGUUCAGCCUAGUGAAUUUGAGUCUAAAAAGAAUGUUGAUUCUUUUGAUAACAGUGCAAACUCAGUUUCAUCGCCACAAAAUAAAAGGAAGAAGAGUACGAUAUUUCCUAUCAUUGCAAAGGGUAGAGAUUUCUCUCUUCAAAUGGACUUCUCUAGUUCACACAGGAGCACGGCUGACAGUUCAACUAAAGAUGAUCUGCCAGUCAUUGAGUCCUCAAGUUGUGAUUUUGGCUCUGAAGCUGCAGCAUCACUGCCUUCUGCUUCCGUCUUGGAGAAAAUGAAAUUAGCUGAUCUGCGGAAGGUGGCAAAGCAGCAAAAACUAACCAAGUGUUCUAAGCUCUCAAAGAAAGCUAUCCUUCAACAGUUAGCUGAUAGAACUGGCGAUCGCUAAACCUCUAAAUGGAUAUACAGACUGCUACCAUUUUCUCUUGCACUGCGCCCUUUUUAUGGCAUGAUUUUGUUGGUGUCAUGUUUUAGUAUGCUUGGGUGUCCUAUGAAACUGAGUGUCCCUAGUGGUCUACUCAUCUAAUACUCCAAGGUAUACUCCAAAUCCCCCGUGUUUAAUCAAGCGGCAGCUUGCAAAUUGUUAUAGGGAUGCAUAAGCACGAGUAUAUAGAGAUGCAUAUGCACAUGACAGGCGGCUGAAAGAGAGAGAUAUCAGUAGCAGGACAAAGAGGUGAAAUCUAUUUCAUGGCUUGCAAAAGAAAUAUAUGUUACUUAUAGGAUGUUAAAUGUGGAGGAAGUUCCUCUAAACGGUCUUAUAGAUCUUGAAUACAAGUAUAUGAACUAAUCAGAAGAGGUAGUAAUACUGUACAUGUCUUUAGUUGGAGAAUCCCAAAUGUUGGCUGGUAAAGAAAUGCUUUUUGUGUAAAUGUAUUUUUCUUAUAUGAAAAUAUGAUGAGGUAUAGCAUGCAGAUUUUGCAAAUGUUAGGAGCUACGAGUUGUAGAUGUAUACUAAUUACAAUGACAUUCAUAUGAUCCUGUCAUGUAUUAUACAGUGCAUUCGUUUUA